AUGGCUAGCGCUAAAGCUUCUGGACGCCUGGAAGGCAAAGUUGCUAUUGUAACAGGAGCUGGAUCAGGAUUCGGCCACGGCAUCGCAAAGAAGUUCAUCCAAGAAGGAGCAAAAGUGAUUGUGGCCGACAUCUCGAAAGACAACGGUGAGCGAGUUGCAGCAGAGCUGAACAGCCAGUUCAUCUACACUGAUGUGACCCGACGGGACAGCUGGGAAGCACUUCUUGAAUCUACGCUGAACGAAUAUGGGAAACUGGACAUUGUCGUCAAUAACGCCGGCUCAACUUACAGCAACAAGCCUACUACCGAGGUCACCGACGCUGACUUUGACCUGUGCAUGAACAUCAACGUCAAGUCGAUAUUCCUGUCGACUAGUGUGCUUGUUCCGUACUUUGUACAAAACAACCGCCCCGGAUGCUUUAUCCAGAUAUCAUCUACUGCUGCUAUCCGUCCUCGUCCCGGCUUGACCUGGUACAAUGCGUCGAAGGCCGCGGUGAGCAAUGCAACCAAGACGAUGGCUGUUGAGUACGGGCCGAAGAAGAUUAGGUUCAACUGCGUGUGCCCCGUCGUGGGAAGUACAGGCCUAACGCAUCUCUUCCUUGGCAAGCCGGAUACAGAGGAGAAUAGGGCGGCUUUUGUGUCGACUAUACCCCUAGGCCGCCCUUCUACCCCAGCAGACGUCGCGAAUACCUGUAGCUUCCUUGCUAGUGAUGAAGCGGAGUUUAUUACAGGCGUCGAGUUAGAAGUAAGCAACCGUGAUCCCGCUAUGUUUGUUUCUUCUGACUUUGUUCAGGUGGACGGUGGCCGCUGUGUUUGA